AGCAUAAAGUUUAAAUAUUUUGUUUACGAGACCUAUGAAAUUUAACAAUUAUAAAUCAAGAUCACCUCCAAAACAACAUGAACCCGUUAGACAAAAUACAUGCACUGGAUGAGAUUGAAAAAGAUAUUAUACUCUGCAUGCAGAGUGCAGGUCAGGCACUGCAGGAGCUGGGUAAGGAGAAGACUUCGCAGAAAAGUGCUGAGACGCAGUCUCAACAAUUUUUAAAAAGUUUAUCUAGCGUAGAGUCUAAACUCUCGGAACAAAUCAACUACCUCACACAAGUUUCUACCGGCCAGCCACACGAAGGAUCCGGGUAUGCCUCCGCAAAGGUAUUGCAAAUGGCUUGGCAUCGUAUUCAACACGCACGCUCUCGUGUACGAGAAUUAGAAGAGACCAAGGCCAAACACUCCCAUGCAGCCAGGCAGCAACAACAAAAACGCCAACAAGAACAUGCAGCCGCACAGCAGCAACAGCAACAAGCAGCUGCAGCCGCAGCCCAGCAACAGGCUGCAGCCGCAGCUGGUGGUUCAGGAUCUGUAGAUUGCGGGGGACCAGGCAUUGGCAAUACUUCCAGUAGUGGUGGAGUAACCACCAUUAUUACUGAUGCCGGCGGUGGUAUGCCCACAUAAUAAAUUAAAUAUAUUAAAAUUAAAUUAAAUUGU